GCACACACCACAGCAAUUGCUGUGGGUGCCAAGGGUUAUUCCGAUGCCUGCAAAGUAUCCUAUUAUUGUAUUGCAGGUGUAACACUGAUUUGAAGUUUCUUGAAGAAUCACCAGCAGAAUGAUUAAUGCUUGCUGUAUCAUCUGCCAUGACUACUUUGAAGGAGACACAGUCGUCAUGGCUUGCCCUUGUGGACACACUUUCCACGAGGAAUGUCUCCUUACAUGGCUGGCCAACUCAGCAACCUGUCCUCAGUGUCGUGCUAGGGCUACUCAGCGCUCUACCAUUAAGCUGUUUUUUGAAGUGGGUUCAGACGCAGGAGAUAUCGAUCCAAGCAAACUCAAGAAUGAGUUACACACAUUGCAAGCGGAGCUAAAGAAGCGAGACACCGUCAAGUCGGCCCUGACUGAGGAGAACCAGAGAACUCUUAACUUAAACAAAACGCUGACCAAGAAAAAUAAGGAUCUGAGACACAAUCUUGAGGCUGAGCAGACGACGUGUGAUGCACUCAAGAAGCAGCUAUCCCUACUAUCGUACCAGAUAGAUGAAGCUAAACAAGCUAAGAAGGAAGCAAAGAGACUCCGUGAGAAGCUACAACAUCUUGAAAGGUUGGAAAUGGUGUUGACUAGCAGUGCUGAGGCUACAGAAUCUUUACUUAAAGAAUACGGCGAUGGCCCAAGAGCUGCAGGAGAGCUAGCUACAUACUGUGUACUACUCAAAAGAGAGUUUCAAGCCAACAAAUUAAAUCGUAAGAAGCUGAAAGAAGAGCUAGACGCAGCCAAGAAAAAGUUUUCAAAUUGUUCAAAAAAUUUAUUGGCUAAAGCCCUUGAGUUAGAACGCGUCAAGAACCAGCUGAAGAGUACCGAAGAAGAUCUUCGCUGUGCGCAGGAGGAGAAAAAAAAUCUGAAGGACAGAGUAACACUCCUACAUAAGACAAUGGAAUCACCCAGUGGAGCGAGCAAGACUGCCCUCACAAGGCUCAUCAUGGAGAGUCCUGCACCCUGUCAGUUCAAGCGCCCCGAGCUAAGCACCCCAGAGAAUGGAGGUAUCAUUGACCUGGAUGAUACUGGCUCCCCAUUCCCUGGUAACCCCUCUACACCUCGAUUCGAUGAAGGUCCAAGCCCAAGUACUCAGGCUAAGAGGGCAUGUCAUGAGUUUGACUUGCCGUUUGUCAAGACGACGUCCCUUGCUCACAAAAAUAAGAAGUGUAAGACUCAGAGUGAAGAGGAAUCGGACGCACUUGUGACAGCAAGCAUAGCAAACUCUGGUCUAUUCAAUAAUCGCCGCCCUCUAUCGGACUCCAGGAGUAACUUUCGUAAAGGCUACAAUGGCAUGGGAGGCCAUAACACUGUAUUCAAGAAAACUGUACUUGGUUCUUUCAUAAAGCCAUCCUCUGUCGGCAAAGGAAUCAAGAAGGGCAAACCUGCAACGAGCUCCGGGAAAUCCCUUCCUAAUUUACCAACUUUAGAUAAAUAUUUGUGAGAGAUUUGCAUUGUUUAUGAGCCUGGUCAUUAAGCCAAAGGUUACUCAGUGUCAUUUGGGAAUGCCAUGUUGAUUUGUCUGUCAGACAUUAUGCUACCAAAGAAAUUAGUACCAAGUUGGGGGCCAUUCAGAACAGUCAUUGCUGAACAAUUCAAUGUUUUUUUCCUGAUAUUUUGGAUGGAUGGGUUUGAUCAAAUUAGUCACAUUCUAAAAAAUUGUGAUUAAAUAGCCUGUUAAUGCAAGGUCAUCCCUGUUACUAGAUAAUAAAUUCCUGCUUUUUAACCAAAGUAUCGAGCCUGUUAUUGCAAAUGAAAAUGGUGCAAUUUUCUGCAUUACAAAGCAGAGAAGGAUACCAGUUUGAAAUUGAACAUGUGUCAUGGUAUUCUGGCUGGUAAGCCUUUGUAUCCUUGUAAGCGUGUUGUACUCAUCUGUAAUCUGCAAGUGACAUUGAACCAUGGGAUAGUUAAGGUGUGGGGGGGGGGGUGGUCUCCGUUUCAAAUAAAUCUUAAGAUGAAUCUGAGUUUUUCGUGAAAUAUGAGCUCUGGUAGGAUGUCUUCUGUAGGUUUUUUAAAGGCACCUGGAAAUAGAUUUUAUUUUUCCUUCAAACAUUAGAGUAUGUUC